AUGAUGGACAAUCCGUAUCAAGUGCUCGGACUUCCUCUGGAUGCCUCUGAAAGUGAUAUAAAAAAAGCGUAUCACAAGGCAGCUCUGAAAUACCAUCCAGAUCGUCAGACCAACAAGGAAAACGAACAGGAUGCAGGUGUAAGAUUUGCUGAAAUUUCAGAGGCUUAUGAAACCUUGACCGAUCCUGUCAAGCGUUACGAUUGGCGACAGAAACAUGAGAAUGGUGGUAGCGGAACUACGUCCACAAAACCAGCAAGGGCACCUGCUAGUCCUUCUCGAAAUGCCGCACCGCCAUCCACCACUUCGUCAACGUCUUCCACCUCGUAUCAGUAUUCAAACCCGGUCUCCAACUCGAGCAAACGAGCUGAAUUCAUGGCCAAGAAACAGGAGUCUGAGUCUACAAGAGCUUCCUUUGCUUCUCCAGUGAGCUUGAGGCGAAAGCGGCAAUCGUAUGCUGCUGCACCACCUCCGUCACCCAUGCAAUCGACUCCCAGAGCAUCCGUACGACCAAGUAUAAGGCGUCCCUCCAGUUCGUCUCCCAGCAGCAGCAACAGCAACAGCAAUUGGAGCAACAAGCAACGAAUGGCGAGUCCCGAUUCCAAUAGUAUCAACAUGACAGGAAGUGUUCGAAGCUUGAAUGCUGGAACCUUGCGGGCCAAGAACAACUCGAGGGUGCCACAGUCCGCAGGCGCAACCUCGCAACGACGAACGGUGGGGCGCAUGUCCAUGCAAAUGCCCCAACCGCCAUUGUCGGCGGGCGCCGGUACUCACAAACGACGUGCGAGUGUCGCUACACCGUCCCAAACACGGCAUGUCCCCCAGGGUCCCUUGCCCACCGUGUCAACCUCCCGCGGUUUGGUCUUGAGACAAUCGGUGCGGUUGAAACCUUCGGCGCAACCCUCCCCCGCACCUCGCGGAAACUUGCCAGCCGCCCCUCGUGGAAACAUGCCCGCACCUCCACUCUCUUCACCAGCGGUGCGCCGGAAUUCCUUGGAUGGUUCGGGCCGCAAGAAGAGUCACCGCGACACUUCCUUGGAUGGAUCCUCGCGCAAGGUCCGAAGGGAGAAAACGAGUAGCAAAAAGAGUACUGACAUGGUCGUCAAACGGCCCAAGUCCCAACCUCCACCGAGAAAGAGCAUAUUUGGCAUCAACGUGGGCAAGAAAAAGGUACACAACAACGCUAAUGAUGACAAAUCCAUGAAAUCCAAUAAGAGCAAGAAGAAAAAGGAAGAAAAGGAUGGCAAGAAAAAGAAGAAAAAGCCCAAGUCUCUCUCCGCGCCCCAGCAGACUCUGUUGACAACAACAACCACCACAACCACAAAAAUGAAAAAGAAAAGGACAUAA